AUGGGAGGACCCUAUACGCCUAGAACGGCCUCCAUGGGGGGUCGACCAACAGUUUCCCUCGAUGUCCCAAUAUGCGCCGUCUUCCUCGCCCUGUUCAUCGCCGGUGCUGCCUGCCACAUGACCCUGUUCCGUCGCAAUAUGGCUCGAGGCCACAAAUUCAUUCCAUCGGGCGCGACAUUCGGCUUCUGCAUGUCUCGUAUUAUCGCAAACAUCAUGCGCAUCGCCUGGGCCUGUCACCCGACAAACGUUCGAAUCGCGAUCGCCGCACAGAUCUUCGUUGCAGCAGGCGUGUUGCUGCUUUUCAUCUUGAACUUGCUAUACGCACAGCGUAUGUUCCGGGCUGUCUAUCCACUCCCGGGAUGGUCUCGAACCCUAUCGUGGGUGUUCAAAGCACUGUAUGCUCUGGUCGUGAUGACCAUCAUUAUGGUCAUCACUUCGGUUAUUCAGAGUUCAUAUACGCUCAACGCAAACACCCUUCGCAUCGAUCGCGACAUCUUGAUCUACGGUCAGACCUACUUCUCUAUCGUCUCAUUCCUACCACUUCCUCUUGUCUUCCUUGUUCUUCUGUCUCCGAACAGAAAUCGACUGGAACAGGUUGGCUCUGGUAGCUGGGUCGCCAAAGUUUUCAUCGUCGUACUUGUCAGCUCAUUGCUCUGUCUCGGCGCAUCAUUCCGUGCCGCUACCUCUUGGAUGACACCUCGCCCUAUCACCGACCCAGCAUGGUAUCACAGCAAGGCCUGCUUCUAUAUCUUUAACUUCACUAUUGAUAUUGUGGUCGUGGCUAUCUUCUUCGUCGGCCGUGUUGACCAGCGAUUCUGGGUUCCGAAUGGAAGCUCAAAAGUACGCCACUACAGACGGGAUGACGGCAGUGAGAAGAAUGCGCAGGCUACGCAGAAUGGAAGUCCUAUCCCGGCUCAUGACGAUCGGGAUGUCGAGAGUAACAGCGGGUGUGAGGGCCUGAUCGAAGAAACAAAAUAA